AUGACGCACCUGCCGGACCGGGCGUUUCGGUACUGCGCCUCCCUCGUCUCGGUCGCCUUCCCGAGCAGCCUCGUCUCGAUCGGCGACGGAGCCUUCUCCGGCUGCUCCUCGCUCGUCUCCGUCACCUUCCCGGCCAGCCUCACCUCCAUCGGCAGCCACGCCUUCGAGCGCUGCUCCGCCCUCACCACCGUCACCUUCCCCGCCAGCCUCGCCUCCAUGGGCGGCUGCGCCUUCGAGCGCUGCUCCGCCCUCGCCCGCGUCACCCUCCCCGCCGGCCUCACCUCCAUCGGCGGCUACGCCUUCUUCCGCUGCUCCUCCCUCGCCAGCGUCGCCUUCCCCGCCGGCCUCACCUCCAUUGGCGGCGGCGCCUUCCGCGACUGCCCGCUCACCCGCGUCACCUUCCCCGCCGGCCUCACCUCCGUUGCCAACCUCGCCUUCCGCGGCUGCUCCUCCCUGACCCGCGUCACCGUGCCAGACACCGCCACCAUCAGCCCCAACGCCUUCCCUCCCGCCACCACCGUCCUCCGCCUCCCGCCCGCAAGCAUGCGCGACCUGCAGCGCUGGUGCGAGGCGGUGGACGGGGCUCUGGCCUACAAGCGUUGCCGCCCCCUCCUUUACGGCUGGCUAGAGCGGGCCCAGACCAGGCUCGGCUCUUACGGCCCGGACGGCGCGGCGCGCCAGCGCGACCGCGAGGAGUUCGAGGGCGAUUUUGGGCUGCUUGUAGACUGA